AUGUCUUGCUGCGGAGGAAACUGUGGUUGUGGAUCCGGUUGCAAAUGCGGCAGCGGAUGCCGAGGUUGCAAAAUGUACCCGGACUUGGGCUUUUCCGGCGAGACUAAAACAACUGAGACUUUUGUCUUUGGCGUUGCACCGGCGAUGAAGAACCAAUACGAGGCUUCCGGCGAGGGUAACGCUGAGAACGAUGCAUGCAAGUGUGGAUCUGACUGCAAGUGUGACCCUUGCACCUGUAAAUGA